UCCCCUGGCUGGCGCCGCGGCUGCCAGCGCGGAGCGGGCACGGCGCUGGGAGCGCAGUGCCGUGAGGGGCCGCGCGAUGUGGCUGAAGCCCGAGGAGGUGCUGCUGAAAAAUGCCCUCAAGCUGUGGGUGCAGGAGCGCUCCAACCAGUACUUCGUGCUGCAGAGGCGGCGGGGCUAUGGCGAGGAGGGCGGAGGCGGGCUGGCAGGUCUCCUUGUGGGAACGCUGGAUGCAGUGUUGGACUCCACGUCGAAAGUCGCCCCGUUCCGCAUCCUGCACCAGACCCCCGACUCCCAGGUCUACUGGUCCAUCGCCUGUGGAUCCAGCAGAGAAGAAAUAACAGAACAUUGGGAGUGGUUAGAACACAAUGUUAUGAAGACUUUAUCAGUGUUUGAUUCAAAUGAAGACAUUACGAGCUUUGUCCAGGGAAAGAUAAGAGGUUUGAUUGCUGAAGAGGGAAAAGAUUCUUUUGUAAGAGAAGAUGAUCCUGAGAAGUUUCGUGAAGGUCUUAUGAAGUUUGAGAAGUGUUUUGGAUUACCAGAGCAGGAGAAGUUGAUUACCUACUACUCGUGCAGUUACUGGAAGGGCAGAGUGCCCUGUCAGGGAUGGCUGUAUCUUAGUACCAACUUCCUUAGCUUCUACUCGUUUUUGCUUGGAGCAGAAAUAAAACUUAUUAUCUCCUGGGAUGAAAUAUCAAAACUUGAGAAAACUUCCAAUGUGAUUCUGACAGAGAGCAUUCAUGUGUGCUCCCAUGGGGAAGAUCAUUAUUUUUCCAUGUUUUUGCACAUUAGUGAAACAUUCCUUCUCAUGGAGCAGCUGGCAAACUAUGCAGUUAGAAGGCUUUUUGACAAGGAGACAUUUGAGAAUGAUCCAGUACUUCACGACCCUCUGCAGAUCACCAAGAGAGGCCUGGAGAGCCAUGCCCACAGUAAGCAUUUUAGUGCAUUCUUCAGGCUACCUAAAGAAGAGUCCUUGAAGGAAGUUCAUGAGUGCUUCUUAUGGGUUCCUUUCAGUCAUUAUAACACCCAUGGGAAAAUGUGCAUUUCAGAAAACUACAUUUGCUUUGCUAGCCAGGAUGGCAGCCUGUGCAGUGUAAUCAUUCCAUUGAGAGAGGUCACAGGGGUGGAUACAGCAGAUCCAGCCAACAGAGGAGUCAGCAUUAGUACCAAAGGGAAAACAGCUUUUCGUUUCACAGAGGUGAGAGAUUUUGGACAGCUUGUGGCAAAGCUCAGAAUGAAAUGCAAUGCAACUGCAAGUCCACAGCACAUCAGAAGUACUGAGGUUGCAGCUGGUUCUGCUGCUGACAGUCCAAAGGAUUUUGGUGCAGGACAGUCAAAGAUGGGCCAGAGAGAUGACAGCAAAACUGUCAGUACAGAAGCACUUAUGACUGUCUACCAUCCUCAGGAUGCUGAGAACCUUGACUCUAAAAUGUUGAAAGAAAAAAUGAAGGAGCAGUUGUGGAACAUCCUGUUUGCAGAACGGGGCCAUGGGGUCAGUAUGUUUCGAACAAAGAAGACUCGAGACCUAGUUGUAAGGGGCAUCCCAGAGGCAUUAAGAGGAGAACUCUGGCUGCUCUUCUCAGGUGCUGUAAAUGAUAUGGCAUCCAACCCUGGUUAUUACACUGAGUUGGUGGAAAAGUCCUUAGGAACGUGCACUUUGGCUACUGAUGAAAUUGAGCGAGAUUUACGUCGCUCCUUACCUGAGCAUCCUGCUUUUCAAAGUGACACAGGAAUUUCUGCCCUCAGGAGAGUUCUUACAGCUUAUGCAUUCAGGAAUCCACAAAUUGGAUAUUGUCAGGCAAUGAAUAUUCUGACAUCAGUGCUUCUGCUGUAUGCUAAAGAGGAGGAAGCAUUCUGGCUUUUGGUUGCUGUGUGUGAAAGAAUGCUCCCUGAUUAUUUCAAUCGCCGAAUCAUUGGUGCCUUGGUAGAUCAGGCAGUGUUUGAGGAGCUCAUCAGGGUUCACCUGCCUCAGUUGACAGACCACAUGAUGGACAUGACUUUUUUCUCCUCGGUCUCUCUCUCCUGGUUCCUUACCCUUUUUAUCAGUGUGCUGCCAAUUGAAAGUGCAGUCAAUGUGGUGGACUGUUUCUUCUAUGAUGGAAUAAAGGCAAUCUUGCAGCUGGGCCUUGCAGUGCUGGAAUACAACAUGGACAAGUUGCUCACUUGUAAGGAUGAUGCAGAAGCAGUCACUGUUCUCAACAGAUUUUUUGACAGUGUCACUAACAAAGACAGUCCUUUACCUCCAGCUGUGCAGCAGGGCUCCAACCUCAGUGAUACAAAGAGUGACCAUCCAAAAGUGGACAUCACUGACCUGAUCCGAGAGUCAAAUGAAAGAUACGGUGAUAUUCGCUACGAGGAUGUUGAGAGCUUGCGCUGCAGGAACAGGCUGUAUGUGAUCCAGACCUUGGAAACUACGACCAAGCAGAAUGUGCUACGCGUUGUGUCUCAAGAAGUAAAAUUCAGUCCUAGUGAUCUUGAAGAGCUUUAUGAAUUAUUCAAGAAGGAGCAUUUUCUUUCCUGUUACUGGAGUGUAAAUAGUCCUGUCCUGCAACAUCACGAUGCCAGCCUGCCCUACCUUGAGCAGUACCGGAUUGAUUGCCAGCAGUUCAGGGUUCUCUGCCAUCUCCUGAGCCCCUGGUCACACUGUGCAAACAGAGACUCUCUGGCUCUGUGGACAUUCCGACUGAUGGAUGAGAGUUCCAACUGCCUUAUAAAUUUCAAACAAUUUGCCUGUGUUCUUGAUACAAUGUAUAAUGGAAGCUUCACUGACAAGCUCAAGUUUCUUUUUAAGUUGCACAUCCCUCCAGCUUUUACGGAAGUAGAAUCUCUAAGCCCUUCCAAAGGGGAUGAUCUUUCAAAAGAAGAACUGAUCCACUUCAGCCAACUCAGUGUUUCAUCUGUUGGGGAUAAUCUUGAAAGUGAUUCUUUGAAGAGCAGCCCUGAAAAAGGGAAGGGGAAGGUUGAUAUUCAGGCAUAUCUGAAGCAAUGGCAAGAUGAACUUUUUAAAAAAGAAGAAAAUGUCAAGGAUUUGCCAAGAAUGAAUCAGUCUCAGUUCAUCCAGUUCUCAAAAACUCUCUACAAUCUGUUCCAUGGGGACCCUGAGGAGGAGCUCUUGUAUCGCGCCAUUGCGGUGGUGACCAGCCUCCUGCUGAAGAUGGAAGAAGUUGGCAGAAGGCUGCAGAGUCCUAUGUCACCUGUCACAAGUCCAGUUGCUGUUACAGAAGUGGCUGCUGAAGUGCCCAGAGAGAGGCAGGAGGAAAGCAGCUCUGAACAGACUGAAGGCAGUCGAGCACAGAGUUUACAAGGGAACCAUGAAUGGUCUUUUGCCUUUGAGCAAAUUCUGGCAUCCUUAUUAAAUGAACCAGCUUUUGUGAGAUUUUUUGAAAAACCUCAUGACAUAAAAGCUAAAAUAGAGAGUGCUAAAAAUUUACAACUUAAAGCAAGAACCAGAAUGUAAUUUUCUUUGCAUUCGACUCUGAAUUAAUCACAUAAAGUGCUUACAAAUGAAGGCUGUAACUAUGGAAAUCAAGUCUGGUGUUGACAUAGGAAAUGAAGUUUGAAGAAUUAGCUUCAAGUAUCAGAUUACUGGUAUGUAAUGUAAAUAAAACUAGUUUUAAGCACAGUCACUUUCUUGCAUUGUUCAUAAAUUUCAAUCCAAAUUAGGGACUGAAUAAUGAACUGCCUUUACCAUGUUAUUAAAACAUGCAGCAUUGCUUGGAGAUACUGGUUGUGUACCUGUUGCAAACCUGUCUGAAUCACUGUUAGAGUAGGUGUUCUCCAGGUUCUUUUCUAUUACUGUGAUAAAAGGAAUGACUUUUUCCCAUUUUCACUUUAAAGGAGUGUCAACAGCUUGGUGGUUGUCUUCCACAUCAAUUAGUUAUUUCCAAAUUGCUUGUGGACUAGGGCCAAAGCAGGGUGAAGACUAAGAACAGAGGCUGUGGUAGCACAGGACCAUGAGAUUAGAGAAGGAAGUUGCCCUGCUCACAAUUCCUCUGCUUUGAUGUUACCCAUGGGUCUGGACUGGGUAGAUUCCAGCCUCCCAUUUUUCUACCAAUCCUCCUACAAAGAAAAGGUGAAAAGGUUGGAAGAUUAUUUAGUCAUCCAGGCUGCACAAGGCUGCAGAAACGAAUACUGAUUGUUUAAAAUCAAAGGAAAGCAGUGGCUAAAUCUGGCUGACCACAGGGUGGUUGUAGUUUAUCUGGCAAAAGGAGACAUUGUUGGCUUCUUAGGAGCAUGUUGAUGAAAUGUGGAGUUUUGCUGGUGUUUGGAAAACCCAAGCACAGUCCAUCUGCAGCUGAGUGUUGACUAUUGAACUGCUUAGGGACAGAUUGCAGUUGCUUCUUUGCCUACCCUGAGUCCAUAUCUCAGCCCAGUAAUUACUAUUGCUUUUCUAUAGCUGCUGUAAUAUUUUCCGUCUGUCAGGAUUCAAGGCAACAAGAAAAUCCCCUUGAAUCUGACUUGAAAUUUUUAAUAUAUAAAAUAUGAUAUACUAGAGAUCCUGUGGAGGAAAGCUCUGCCCGUGUAAAAGCUGAGAAAUGUUGACCUUGAAUUUUUGGUAGCUAGUGCUAGAAGGAAUUUAGAGGAGAGUAAGAGCUUGUAUUUUAACAACAACAGCAAAGUAAGUGAGGAGUCUUGCUAAACUAGUUUAAAACAUCUGUUUCCAAAGCCUGUAUGACAAUCUUUCUCUGCAGAGCAGCAUUAUUUUUAUACUGUGCAUGUUUUUUUUAAAGAAGCAGAAUGGGUGAAUGGGUUUGGUAUCUUUCGGAGGCUUUUUGUGCAAUACUGGUGUGAAUGAAGAAUAAAACAAAUUUCUGAUGUCUUACAGGCACUUUGUGAAAUGCCAUCAUUGCAGUUGGUGUUAAAUUUAUGAAUUAUGUCUUACACUCUCCUUAAUACUCUCAGGUAUUAAUGUAAAAUAAAAUUUUACUAAGGAAGUCCAAAAGCUAUAUGAUAAAUGUGGAGAAUGAGGAAGCUUUUUUCAGAAGCCUUCACAAAGUAAUUGCAGUUGAUACCACAUACUGCUGAUUUGUAUUUUUAUGUAUAAAAUAUAAAAACUAAUUUAUCCAUUUAUGUGGAUAUGGAUAGGGCCACACUGUAUUACCUUUUAAAAAUAUUUUCACAAAGUUGUUUAGAAAUACAAAGCAGAUUAUAAUGUUUUUCUAGUCCAGGAUGUACCCAGAUAAGGCUUGAUCAGUGAGUAAUUCUGCUAAUAGCCACGAUGAAAUUAAUGAAGCCUCAUGAGAACAGAUAAAGCUGCCCAUACCAAAAGCUUUUGUAGGUUUAUGAGAGAUACUGUUCAUGUCAACAAGUAAUCAAAGCUGUGAAGUAUUUGCUAAUCAAAGUAACAAAGUAAAAAAGUCUUAAAACUCAAGGACUUUUUUGAUUGAGAUCCCAGAUGUGAAGAUCUAAGUGCAGAAGGUGAAGGAACUUGCAAAGUACAACAACCUUCUGUUGUUACCUGGUUAUAAAAAGGUGCUCAGUCUGUACAAUACCCUUUUCUGUUAGUGCCCACCCAAGAGACUGCAGAGCCUUUGUUUGGGGAGAGGUAGAUGUAUUAAAUGCCAAGGAGUAUAACCCAGAGGUAUGUUUGCUGAGCUAGUACCUCAGUGUACCAUAAAUUGAGCUCUGCUUGUGACAGAGGAACUCUGGAAUUAGUGUAUAUCUUCUUUCCUUCCCUUUCCUAUUCCAGAUCCUUCCAUCCCUAUUCCAGACAGGUUGGCUAACAAAUAGAUGCAGGUUUAGCUGGGACUGGCAGAGCUAGAGCAACAGCAGCUCGUUCCCUUCCUUCGUUACUGGAGAGUGAUGCCUUGACCUCAAAGCCCUGCACAGUCAGGGACAGAGAUCUCUGUGCUGUGCUGCUUCUUGGCCAGGUGAAGUUGGUGAUACAGAGAUGGCUCCAGACUCCCAGCACAUCACCUGAGGGUGCUGGGUGUGCACAUGAAGAGGAAGCAGCUUGGUUAAGUGAAUUCUAUUGUGUCAUUUAACUCACCUGGUGUUAGUUUUUUUCUGUGUGUUUCCAUGAAGUUUUCUGCCUUUAUUUUCAGGUUCAGUCAUAGGAAAUAAAUGAAGGUGCACUGUUCAGUACAAAGUAGACAGCUGUAGAUUGCUACAACUACUGAUGCUGUUUGUGGCUGCUGCCGUGUGACUUGGCAGCUGUGUCACGGUUACCCUGCAACACUGGCAGUGCCCGUGGGGAACUGCACAGUCCCUCCUUGUGAUUGUUGCUGUGUGCUAAGCUGCCUUUUGUCAGAGGUAAUCAGUAGCCUGGGGACAGCCAGCAGAGCUGUGAUGUUCCUGGUCUUGCCAUAUGGAAUGUGCUGUGCUGGAACCUGCUGCUGCUCCCUGUGCUCUGGGUGACAGCAACAGCCCUGACCCCCACAAGGAACUGGCUGCUUGGCCUCUGUGUGCCCAGCUCAGGGCCUGGGCAUGUGAGGGGAGGGAAUAGCUCAAAUAAUAAAAAUACCAGCUCUUUCCACCAUGGGAGACAACUGAUGGUAAUUAAACCAGUAGCAUUUUCCAAGACAUGGAAGUGACUGCUGCCAUAUGAUACAGAAAAAUCACUUUCUGUUUCCAUCCAUUUCUAAACCAAGCCACUUGUUCAUAAUUCUAAUGGCUAAAUAAUAAUGUAAUUUUAGAAGAGGUUGCUACCAUAGUGACUAAGAAAUAGCUGUGUGUUGAUUUUAUCAGAAGUUUCUCAUCAAAUUGUACCAUACAAGGUUCUUGAUUUUCAUUGCUGUUGUUAUCUGGACUAAAACAGAAGGAAACACUGAUUUGUUUCCAGAAAAAUAGGCUAUUUUGUCUUUUUUGCUAUAGCUUUGUCACUUUACCAAGACGGCAGCACAUGUUUGUGUUGACAGAUUGGCUUUUAUACAAUGUGUUGUAUGCAGAGGUAUUGUAAGACAAAUGGGGAGUUAAAUAAAAUGUUUUUUCCCUUAAGAAAAAAACCCUGUGUUUGAGGCACUAUUAUUUCCUGUGAUGGCCUGCUGCAGAGGUUCCUUCAAGAGUGUUGGUCGUGUUAAAGCCACAUUUAGUCAGUGCUUUGCAAAAACAAGGAGCAAGCCAAAGCCCCAGCUGGGACAGCAGCCUCCCAGAAGAGGAGGAAAAAUGGAGACCUGGAUUUUGAACCCUCAGCUGACUUCAGUGCUGAACUGCUGAGUACUGGCACAUGCUUUGUCCAUCCAAAUUCACCAUGUGCAGACCCUGAUGCCUGGUUCUUUCCAAUUUAUGUGUUGCUCCUGUUGCCUUUGGCACUGGCCAUGGAAAUCCCAGUCCUUGUCCUGAGCCCCAUCCCUUCAGCCGUCCAUGCACAUGGACACAAUGGCUGUUCUCUUGUCUCUCCUGCAGAGUAGAGAUCAGAUCCUGAUCCCUAACAGACCCACACCACCCAGGGAAUAACAAGAGAACAGAGUGUGUAAGAGGUCCUACAAGUAUCAUUUUAUUUCUUCUUAAUUUUUUUUAAAUACUAUGUACAAUCUGUUUAAAGCUUGUCAAAAUGCAUGAGCUCCCAUUCAAUGGAGCUGUGCAGGGACAUAGAUUCAAAACAAGAAUAAAAUCUUUACUGUUCAUAAGACACUUACUUUUUCCCAUUACAAAAUACUUUUAAGAAUAGUAACAUUUAUAAAUGUAUUUAUAUUCAACAUCAUAUAAAAUAAACCAAGAUUUAUACUCAA